UUCUUCCCAAAUCUACAGAAGAAAAAAACUCAAACUUUGGUGGACUCACUGCGUUUCUCAGCUCUCUCUCUCUCUCUUUCUCUACUCAGCGAUUCAGCCAAAGCUCGGAAUCAGUGAGUCAUGGGUGGCGAGUUGAAGUACGAGAUCGCUCAGAAUGCCUACAUAAAGCUAGUUCUCCAUGCCCUAAAGCACAAGGCAUCCGCCGUCAACGCUGUCCUUCUCGGCCGUGUCUCUCCCGGAAACGACGACGUUGUUGAGAUCACCGACUCAGUCCCACUCUUCCACUCCCAUAUCGGUCUCCUCCCUCAGCUUGAGAUCUCUCUUAUUCUGAUAGAAGAGUAUUAUGCUGCAAAGGGAGUGGGCGUUGUUGGGUAUUUUCACGCCAAUGAGAGGUUCGAUGAUUUCGAGCUUGGUGGUGUAGCUAAGAAUAUUGGUGAUCAUAUCUCUCGUUACUUUCCUCAAGCACCUAUUCUUUUGUUAGAUAAUAAAAAGCUUGCUUCUUUGGAAAAGUCUAAGGAUCGGAGUCCUGUGAUGCAGCUUUAUGCAAAAGAUGCAUCAAAGAAUUGGAAGCUUGUUGGAUCAGAUGGAGGCUACCUUUUGACAACAAAAGAGCCAUCAGCAAAUGUGGUCCUAUUGGAUUAUAUUUCAACUGAAAAAUGGCAAGAGGUGGUAGAUUUUGAUGACCACCUUGAUGACAUUAGCAAAGAUUGGCUAAACCCAGAGCUCUUCAAGUAAUUUGGCCAUGUUAGCAUUUUUUGUCACUCGACUAUCGUUGAAAGUAUCUGGGAUUCAUGCAUGCUUUACCGAGUUGUUCACAAUGGAUUUAAGGCUCUACAAAGGCUUGACUAGUCAUCAAGUUGAUUGACUCAUUCUGGGAAAUGUUUGCUUCGAGAUGCAUACCAUCUUUUCAGUGGUCUCCCAGCUUGAAUUUUUUUUUUAUCUGUUAAAAACUCAAAUAGUGUCUGAUUCUUUAAAGCAUUUGAAGUAAUUUCAUAGCUGGUAGAAUUUGAAUUCAAGCUCAAGUAUUUUUGUGUUUUGUUUACUAAUAUUCUAGGUAAAAAAUCUGUAAGAGUGGUAAGUAAAUGAAACAUAGUUUUAUCAUUUUCAAUAAGAGUUUGAAGCUACGUUCUAGCA